CAGUGAGCCAAUAAUGCGUAUUAGAUAAAGAGCUCACGCUUGACUGCAUUGGAUUAGUGUAAUCUCAAUCGCAAUCCCGACGCAGGGCUCACAUCCCAUUUUCAGCACGGCCGAGCAUCGAGAUGGAGGCCAGCGUUCUUCGUUGGGCCGCUCUCCUUUUCUUCCUUGUCCUCUUGCAGGUGGGGGCUGUUGACUCGCAGGAGGAAGAGGAGAUCCUGCAGGUGGAGGAGGAGAUGCAGGAGGAGGAUCAGCAGAUCCAGGAGACAUGGACCAGCAGGAACGUGCAAGCGUGUACCUGCGACUGUGAGGCCAUGGUGCCCACCAGCCUCUCCGAGACCGUCGCGCCCACCUUGCCGCCGGAGCCAUUUCAAGGCCAACCAUUGACUUGCAUGCCAGAGUGUCCGUACCACAGAGCCCUGGGCUUCGAGUCCGGCUGGGUGACGUCGGACCAGAUCAGCAGCUCCCAUCAGGACCAGUACAGCAGCUGGUACUCCUCCUGGGUCCCCAACAAGGCUCGACUCAACAACCAGGGCUUUGGGUGCGCCUGGCUGUCCAAGUACAACGACCAGCACCAGUGGCUGCAGAUCGACCUGCGGGAAGUGGGCGUGGUCUCGGGCAUCCUGACGCAGGGUCGCUGCGACUCGGACGAGUGGAUCACCAAGUACAGCAUACAGUACCGCACGGAGGAAACGCUCAACUGGGUCUACUACAAGGACCAGACAGGAAAUAACCGGGUCUUCUACGGAAAUUCGGACCGCUCGUCCACGGUGCAGAACCUUCUGCGCCCGCCCAUCAUAGCACGCUACAUCCGCCUGCUGCCUCUGGGCUGGCACACCCGCAUCGCCGUCCGGAUGGAGCUGCUCAUGUGCAUGGCCAAGUGCGGCUGAGUGACCUGCCGGGACGACACGCGACGCUCGCUCUUCGUUCAUGAAAACAAAAAAAAAUACAUAUGUCUGCACUUUAACUUGACAACAUAUCAUAGAUGUUAAUUCUGAGGUCAUACGCAUGUUGGAAUAUUAAAUGUUUUAAAUGCUAUGUUUGGGGUAAAACAUUUAGCAUACAACAAAAUGAUCAAUAAACAUUGAACUUUUUGUGUCUAGUCUAUUUUGAUUUUAUUCUAUUGUAUAUUCUAUAUCUCUAAGGUCAUAAUUGUCUUCCAUAAAUAUCUGAUAAUCUCAUGAGAAUACUUUUUUAAUCUUGUAAUA